GGGUGCAAAUGUUCUAGUGUGUUCCAAACACACAACCUGACCUCUUACGGCCGUAGGUAGUUAAUGACCAACUUUGACAAGUUUGAGAGAGGAGGAAGUGCGUCAGCGCGACGAGGAAACAGGUAAGACAAUCAGUGACAGGAAGCGUUGAUUGUCGCACGCCACCUAAAGCGUCUGCAAAGAUGUCUGCCUGCGAGUUCGAAUCCCUGGAGAAAACUUUGGACGCUCACAUACCAGAAGCGGAACUGAAAGAGGUCAAACGCAUUCUGUUUGGCAAAGAGACGAGGAAGUUGGAGCUGCCACCAAGUGCAGUUGAAGCUGCAUGCGAGGGUAACUUUGAGCUGAAGGGCUACAGCUUUGAAGCCGAACAUGAACAACUGAGGUUGCCAAGAAAGAUCCGAGUGGGACUCAUUCAGCACAGCACGGUUCUGCCCACAGAUGCACCGAUUAUGGACCAGGUCAAUGCUGUGCACAGCAGGGUUGGGGAAAUAGUCCGAGUUGCAGCCAUGUGUGGAGUCAACAUGGUCUGCUUCCAGGAGACCUGGACCAUGCCGUUUGCUUUCUGCACCCGGGAGAAAGAACCGUGGACAGAGUUUGCAGAGUCUGCCGAGAAAGGAAAUACUACACGCUUCUGCCAGGAGCUUGCCAAAAAAUACAACAUGGUCAUUGUGUCUCCAAUUCUGGAGCGGGAUGAGAUACAUGACACCUUGUGGAACACUGCGGUGGUGAUAUCAAACUCUGGAAAUGUACUGGGAAAGACCAGGAAGAACCACAUUCCCAGAAUUGGAGACUUCAAUGAGUCCACAUAUUACAUGGAAGGCGACACGGGCCACACUGUGUUCCACACACAUUUUGGGAAGAUAGCUGUCAAUAUCUGCUACGGGCGCCAUCAUCCGCUUAACUGGUUCAUGUACAGUAUGAAUGGAGCCGAGGUCAUCUUCAACCCGUCGGCUACUGUUGGAGCCCUGAGUGAGCCCAUGUGGCCUAUUGAGGCCAGGAAUGCAGCCAUCGCUAACCAUUGCUUCACCUGUGCAAUCAAUCGAGUUGGCACGGAACACUUCAAAAGUGAAUUUACGUCUGGAGAUGGAAAAAAAGCUCACCAUGACUUUGGACACUUCUAUGGAUCCAGCUAUGUGGCAGCUCCUGAUGGCAGCCGCACACCAGGACUCUCUCGGACCCGCGAUGGGUUACUGGUAGUAGAAAUGGAUCUCAACCUGAACCGUCAAAUCAGCGACAAAUGGAGCUUUAAGAUGACUGGGCGCUAUUCCGAGUAUGCAGAGGAGCUCACCCAAGCUGUCAGACAUGACUACAAGCCCAAUGUAGUGAAAGAAUAGCUCACAAAGCCUCUAACGCACGUUGAUAAACCUCCACAGUAUGAAACUAAAAUGUUGUCAUUUGUGCUUUAUUUUAAAACAUAAAUUAAACCCACUCUGUGUACUGUAUAUGUCAUGUUUAAUUUAAACAGUAUAUAAUAAUUCCAUGUGAAAGGUGUAGUGCAACUUUACACCAGAAUGACAAGGAUAAUAACCAGUGAGGAUGUGAUACAAUGUUCUCUUACUUGGAGAAUGAAUACAACGUUUAGUCCCUUUUUGUCGAAACUUUGUUCUGUCUUUGAUGUUUCCAUGACACCAAAUGUUUUUUCACUCAUGAAAACAUAAAAAAAACAAGAGAAUAAAACAGAGGAGUUCAUAGUCAA